AAUAGAUACAGAGUGAGACUGACUGAGGCACUGCAGACGAAAUAUAAGUUUUAAUCGUUUUGCAAAUCCUCAAGGCUUGUUUAUCUUGCUAUUGUCGCGUCUCGCAACAUGUUCUCUUAAAAACAAUCGUUGAGAGGAGACCGCCUGGAUUCGGAUAUAUCCAAAACAAAAAGGAGAAAUCAUUUCUGGCUUUUUUUUUUUUUUUCUCACACUUUCAAUCACUGUGGUGGGAGCUGAUACUGCAUGGUUGUGUUUGUUUUGUGAAAAAAAGGAUUGCAAAUUUCCAUUGUUUUCUGGUGUUUUUUUUCUCUCUCUUCUCUUUGGGAAAAUAGCCAAGGAGUUGAAAAGGAAACAUUAAAAAAAGGAAGGACGUUUGUUUUUUUUAAUGAAAAAGGAAAAGCAAUCUGUAAGAUUAUUAUUAUUAUUAUUUUUUUUUAACAAAUGAUUUUCUGACGAUUGAUGGGAUGGGUUGUAUUUUUAAGGGACGUUUUAGCACAAUGAUUCCCCCCUGAUAAGGAAACUGAGAAAAGCAAAUGUCGUUAGGAAAUAAAAGACUAAUAUAUAUACUAUAAGAAUAUACUAUAAAAGAACAGUAUUUGGUGGGUACCGUUUUAGGAGUCUUUUACUUGCACAAGAAGUGCUGCAGAAUGUUAUAAGGAUUUGAAAUAAUAAUAAAACAUACACAGCAACUUCUGAAAAUUUUAUGAAAAAGUUUAACUAUUCCCUGUGGAAUAGGAGACUAAAACAUUUUUUUAAUAGUUUAUUUGUGUUUUCUUGUUUGUGAUUAACUUGCCCGAAGUAGAAGUUUGUGAGUCGCGGUUAACACAACUAGAAUAUAAUCUGGAGAAAAUACAGAGAUUUCCACCCCUUGACGGACCUCCUGACCAAGAACAGUUGGUGUAGGAUUCCUUUUUUUUCUCGAGUCUAGGAGGAUUUUCUCAAACAAACUUCGAGGGAAAUCUGAAGAAAAAUCCACAAUCACUUUGCAGUUUUAAAAAUGAAACACUUGUUUUGCCUUAUCGUCAUCAAAAACCAAGAUCACUGACUAUAGUGUGGAUUUAAUCUAUCUAAAAAAAAGAGUAAAUAAUAAUAAUAAUAAUAAUAAUAAUAAUAAUAAUAAUAAUAUAUAGGCUAUAUAUUGUUUUUAUUAAACAAGUUGGACCUUUUCCCCAACCCCUUUGGUGGGGUGAUUUCUGACUACAUUUUUAGUUUUUAAAAAACAUUUUUGGAAUUAUUAAUUUUCACGUUUUUGGAUUAAACAGAUCUAUUGUUGCCAGGAUGCGGCUGAAGAUUUCAGCGCUUGUUAUGGUCAUUUUCGUCUGCAUUUUAAGCAACUGCGGUCAUACGGAUGGGGAAAUUUGCCAGAGUAUGGACAUCCGGAACAACAUCACCCAUCUGCACAUGAUCGAGAACUGCACCGUGAUUGAAGGCCACCUGCAAAUCCUGCUCAUGUUUAAGACGAAACCCUCGGAUUUCAGUGGCCUGCGGUUCCCCAAGCUCGUGAUGAUCACAGACUACCUGCUGCUGUUCCGCGUCUACGGGCUGGAGAGUCUCCGGGACCUCUUUCCCAACCUGACGGUCAUCCGGGGCACCCGCCUCUUCUUCAACUACGCCCUGGUCCUCUUCGAAAUGCUGCAGCUGAAGGAGAUUGGGCUGCACAGCCUCAUGAACGUGACGCGGGGGGCCGUGCGCAUUGAGAAGAACCCUGAGCUCUGCUACCUGUCCACCCUCGACUGGUCCAAGAUCCUCGACUCGGUGGAGGACAACUAUAUCGUCUCCAACAAGGACGAUCGCGAGUGUGGAGACGUCUGUCCCGGCACCAUCAAGGGCAAAGGCUGCAUCCAGACCGCCUUCAACGUCCACUUUGGGGAGCGCUGCUGGACCCAGGAUCACUGCCAGCGAGUUUGCCCGAUGACGUGCAAGUACAGAGCCUGCACGAAGAACCUCCUCUGCUGCCAUGAGGAGUGUCUGGGCAGCUGCUCGGAGCCCAGUGAUGCCCGCAAGUGCGUGGCGUGCCGGAACUUCCUCCACCAGGGCAGGUGUGUCGCCACCUGCCCCAAGGGCUUCUACCGCUUCGAGAGCUGGCGCUGCAUCCCCUUUGAGUUCUGCCAGGAACUGCACAACAAGUGCAAGAACCCGCAGGAGGGCUGCGACCAGUAUGUCAUUCACAACGGGGAGUGCAUCCCAGAAUGUCCAUCGGGAUACACCAUGAACACCACCACCUUGACCUGUACCCCAUGCGAUGGGCUGUGUCCGAAGAUCUGCCAGUUUGGAGAUAAACCCAAAGUCAUCGACUCGGUCACAGCGGCACAGGAGCUCCGCGGCUGCACCGUGGUCAAUGGGAGCCUGGUCAUUAACAUGCGUGGCGGGAAUAACAUUGCCGCCGAGCUGGAAGCUAACCUGGGGCUGAUCGAGGAGAUCACUGGCUUUCUGAAGAUCCGCCGCUCCUACGCUCUCGUCUCCUUGUCUUUCUUCCGCAAACUCAAGGUGAUCCGGGGAGAGAUGCAGGAGGCUGGGAAUUUCUCCUUCUAUGCCUUGGACAAUCAGAACUUGCGUCAGUUGUGGGACUGGUCGAAACACAACCUCACCAUCACCCAGGGCAAGCUGUUCUUCCAGUUCAACUCCAAACUGUGCCUGUCCGAGAUCUACAAGAUGGAGGAGGUGACAGGAACCAAGGGGCGGCAGGAAGGCAACGACAUCGCUGUGAAAAACAAUGGAGACCAAGCCUCAUGUGAAGACAAGGUUCUGAAUAUCACUUACAUUAAAACGAGGCCUGAUAUGAUCAUCGUCAAAUGGGAGCCGUUCUGGCCCCAGGAUUACCGGGAUCUGCUUGGGUUCAUGGUCUUCUAUAAAGAGGCACCUUAUCGCAACUUGACAGAGUUCGAUGGGCAGGACGCAUGCGGCUCCAACAGUUGGACGAUAGAGGACGUCGAUACGCCCUCUCGUUCGGCAGACCCCAAAUUCUUACCUGGAAAGCUCCUCAUUGGGCUGAAGCCUUGGACUCAGUAUGCCAUUUUCGUCAAGACCCUCAUCUCCUCUACGGAGGAGCGGCAGGUGUACGGGGCAAAAAGCGCCAUCAUCUACGUGCGAACCAACGCCAGCGCACCAUCGGUCCCGCUGGAUCCCAUUUCCUCCUCAAACUCCUCGACCCAGAUUAUCCUGAAGUGGAAGCCGCCCUCGGAGUCAAACGGGAAUGUCACCCACUACCUGGUCUACUGGCAGCAGCAGCCAGAGGACAGCGAGCUCUACAGGUUCGAUUACUGUCAAAAAGGGCUGAAGGUGCCGUCCCGUGCUCCUACUAAGACGGACAGCGAGGAGACGCACAAGCGCAAUCAGACGGAGGACUUCGACCAAUCAGGAGGCUGCUGCACCUGCCCCAAGACUGACUCGCAACUCAAACGAGAGGCGGAGGAAUCAGCGUUCAGGAAAAAGUUUGAAAACUACCUCCACAACGUGGUGUUUGUGCCCAGGCCUGCCCGUCGGCGCAGGGAACUAGGUUCUGUGGCAAACAGCAGCUUCCCCGGGGAUCUCACCACACCAGCCAUCAUUUCCAAUACCUCCAUCGACACCUCGUCCACGGACAGCCCCAGCGAGGAGUACGUGAAGCUGUCGGAGAAGGUCUGGUUCAAGGAGUCCCUGGUCAUCUCCAACCUGCGGCACUUCACCAGCUACCGGAUCGAGAUCCACGCCUGCAACGCCGAGAACGCGGGCUGCAGCGUGGCUGCGUAUGUCAGCGCCAGGACCAUGCCUGAGGACAAGGCUGAUGACAUCGUUGGGCCAGUGACUCACGAAGUCUUGGAGAACAACGUUGUGUUUGUCAAGUGGAAGGAACCCAAAGACCCGAAUGGGCUGAUAAUCCUGUACGAGAUUCAUUACAAGAGGCUUGGGGAGGCUGAGGAGAUGCACCAGUGUGUCUCUAGGAAGAGCUAUGCUACUGAUCAGGGGUACAAGCUGCAAGUGUUGCACUCGGGGAACUACUCCAUACGGAUCAGAGCAACCUCGCUGGCUGGGAACGGGUCAUGGACGGAGCCAGCCUACUUCUACGUUAAAGAUUACAGGGACAACCAUUCGAACCUGGCGAAGAUAGUCAUUGGGCCGGUAAUCUGCAUCAUUCUGGUUCUCGGAGCGGCAGGGGUAGUCUUCAUGGUGGUGAAGAAGAGACAAACAGAAGGACCAACAGGACCUCUCUAUGCCUCAUCUAACCCAGAAUACCUCAGUGCUAACGAUGUGUACGUGCCAGAUGAGUGGGAGGUUCUUCGUGAAAAGAUUACUAUCCUGCGAGAGCUGGGCCAGGGCUCCUUCGGCAUGGUGUAUGAAGGGAUUGCAAAGGACAUCGUGAAAGGAGAGCCGGAAAUGAGGGUCGCUGUGAAGACGGUUAAUGAGUCCGCCAGCCUGCGAGAACGCAUUGAGUUCCUCAACGAGGCUUCAGUCAUGAAAGCAUUCGUCUGUCAUCACGUGGUGCGUCUGCUGGGCGUGGUGUCCAAAGGUCAGCCCACGCUGGUUGUGAUGGAGCUGAUGACCCAUGGAGAUCUGAAGAGUUACCUGCGCUCACUGCGGCCCGAGGCAGAGAAUAACCCGGGCAGCCCUCCGCCUACACUGAAAGAGAUGAUCCAGAUGGCAGCGGAGAUAGCUGAUGGCAUGGCAUACCUCAACGCAAAGAAGUUUGUUCACAGAGACCUGGCAGCGAGAAACUGUAUGGUGGGGGAAGACUUCACUGUUAAAAUAGGAGAUUUUGGAAUGACGAGAGACAUCUACGAAACCGAUUACUACCGGAAAGGAGGCAAAGGGCUUCUGCCAGUGAGAUGGAUGGCUCCAGAGUCCUUGAAAGACGGAGUCUUCACAGCACAUUCAGAUUGCUGGUCUUUUGGAGUGGUGCUGUGGGAGAUCAGCACGUUGGCAGAGCAGCCGUAUCAGGGUCUGUCUAACGAACAGGUAUUGAAAUUCGUCAUGGACGGGGGAUAUCUGGACCGCCCAGACAACUGCGCAGAGAGGCUGCACAACCUGAUGCAGAUGUGCUGGCAGUACAACCCCAAGAUGCGGCCCACCUUCUUGGAGAUCAUGGAGAUGCUGAAGGAUGACCUCCACCCCAGUUUCCAGGAGCUGUCCUUCUUCUACAGCGAGGAGAACAAACCUCCGGAGACCGAGGAGUUUGACAUGGACUUCGAAAACAUGGAGAACAUUCCCCUGGACCCAGCCUCCUACUCCCAGAGAGAGAAUAGCUUGGGAAGGGACAACGGGCUGAGGGGGAACUAUGAGGAGCACGUGCCCUACACGCAUAUGAACGGGGGCAAGAAAAACGGCCGUAUCUUGUCAUUACCCAGGUCCAGCCCAUCCUAACAUUUCCUGUUCACUUCUUGUAUUUUUUUUUUUGAGGCCCUACAACAGAUCUCAGGACUUUUUACUUGGCCGCCACAGUGUGAGACACAGGAUGCAAAGUUUGUAUUCAUAAUAUUUUUUAAUUAUCAUCCUUUUUGUUUUGUUAUUGUCAAGUUUUCCGACUGGUCAGUGGAAUUAACUGUGAGAACCCGUUAUCAAAAGGCUGCUAAAAGAAAAAAAAACAACCCGAAAAACUCGCGCCAUCCCACCACCGACCUCCUUAUAGCAAAUCCAAUGGUUUUAAGAGGAAGUGACCUUGAUCUCUGUGGCCUGAAAACAGCAAUUUAUUCUUUUCCUUAAAAAAACAGUUUCAAUGAUUUACACGAGACAGCAGUAUAGACAGUAUCUCGUGGAACAAAACUCAUUUACUUUUGUGCAGAAUUCCAAACUUCACACAGAUCUCUCUUGUUUUUAUUUUGUUUACUCGCGUUACCGGCUGAAGGAUUAUUAUUAUUAUUAUUUUUUUUGUUUUGUUUUUUGUUUUUUUUUGUUUGUUGUUGUUUUAAAGUGAUUGGACGGAAAUAAUUCCUGAGAUUGACCAAUAGCUGCUGCUUUGACAUUUUGUGGGUAUACAGUAGAUGAUCAUUAUAUAAAUUGGUUUUGUUUUUUUUUUGUACAUAAUUUGAUGUGUUAAUGUUUUUACCACAGAGGCUUU